AUGGUCUCGGUUGCCAUAGCGGCCCGCAACUCAAAUUCCACCUCAAAGGAUUCAAGAAUUACCGUCAGACCAAACUCGCAUAGCCUUAGAAGUCUCUCGUCUAAUGUAAUGCUUGGGUUGGAGUGUGAUGCAAUAGAUUUGCAAGUUGUUGAAUUCUGGAUGGCAGAUUCGGGGUUUCUCACAUCCAUCAGGAAGGAAAAGCGUACAACAGGGAAGCAAAAUUCUGGUUUCAUCAACCUCAUGUAG